AUGAUUUCAUUAACAAAGAGAUACUGCGUCGAAUUUGAUGACGGAUCGAGGGAGUGUGGCUUCGACGACAAUGGCUUUUGGUACUCAGACAAAGGCAUAAUCGUCAAAUGGAUUAUCCUCGCAGCUUUCUUUUUCAUAUUCUUCGGUUGGUUUGUAGGAGGCCGCAUCCACGCGAAGCAACGUCUGAGGAAGGGCCUACCGUUGCUCUCAUACCAUCGCGUCCCCCAGAACCACUUCACCUUCUACCAAACGCAAAACCCCUACGCACCUAACGCACCCAACCCGCAAUACACACAAAGACAGGACGGCACAUGGGCAGAACCCCCGCCGCUGUACCAGAACACUGAUGCACCGCCCCAAUACUUCGCGCCCCCUCCUCCCGGCGCCACAAAGAUGAACCCGAACCAAGGAGCUCAGGGUAUGGAGAUGCCGGUAUACGGUGCCCCACCACAAGGAGUACCACAACAAGCCGGACCUCAACAGAGCGGCGUUGUCGGUUCCGAUGUCGAGCAAGGACAAUCACAAGAACUGCCACCCCGGCCAGCAAAGGCCAAGAUCAUGGGUGUUUUGGAUAGGUUCAGACGGUAG